UUGCGUGUGUAGUUGGUUGCCUGCAUUUGACGCAACCAGACGCAACCACAGAUUACGGUUACGGUUAUCCGUAAUCUGUGACGCAACUGAUAGGGUGGGCGGCCAGGCAUUUGCAGAACUUUUGAAGCAGGAGGUAUGGGAAAGAGGUGGUGUCAAUAUUAGCUUAAACCUGACUAGAUCGACGUGGUCGUGUAUAUUACGUAGAAUCUGUGGAUUGAAUACGUUAGAAAGUCGGGAUGUCACCCCAUAAAGUUGCCCUGGUCACAGGUGGCAAUAAAGGGAUUGGUUAUGCCAUUGUAAAGGGCCUCUGUGAAAAAUAUCAAGGCAUAGUUUACUUGACAGCUAGAGACGUCGGCAGAGGAGAAGCGGCAGUCUGUAAAUUAAAAGAACUCGGCUUCAGUCCAGAAUUUCAUCAACUUGAUAUUUGUGAUCAAAACAGCAUCGAUAAAUUGAGAGAUCAUCUCCUGAAAAACCAUGGAGGAUUAGAUCUUUUAAUAAAUAACGCAGCCAUAGCUUUCAAGCAUGAUUCACCAGAGCCGUUUAGUGAACAAGCAAAAAUUACCGUUGAAGUAAAUUAUUUUGCAACAUUAAAAACUUGUGAAACUCUGUUCCCCUUAUUAAGAAACGAUGGAAGAGUUGUCAACUUGUCUAGUUCAGCUGGACAUCUUUCGAGAAUUCCUUCUGCUGAAUUAAGAAAUAAUUUUAACGAUCCUGCCAUAACUGUGCCCGAGUUGAACAAACUAUUGGAACAAUUCAUACAGGAUGCUAAAGACAAUCAACACCAAGAAAGAGGGUGGGGUAAUUCAGCGUAUGUUGUAUCCAAAGUGGGUUUAUCCGCUCUGACUAAAAUUCAACAAAGAGAAUUUGAUCAAGAAAAUCCCAACCGAAAUAUUUCGGUAAAUUCCGUUCAUCCUGGGUAUGUUGAUACUGAUAUGACAAGUCAUAAAGGACCAUGGUCUAUCGAGCAAGGUGCCCGUGCGCCUCUGUUUUUGGCGUUGGAUGCUAAGAAUCUGAAAGGACAGUAUGUGUGGUCUGACGCUACAGUGGCCCAGUGGGAUGCUGAACAUCCACCAGCUCCAGUUUAAAAAUAAAUAAAUUGUUUUUGCGAAUGUGUAUACAAGAUUAUUCAGUUAAGAUGACCCAUUUAUGUUUUUAAAAUAGGCAACCCAAAAUACCGGUUCCACCUGAACCUGGAUUACCAAAAAUGUUUCAAAAUUUGCUAAAUUUAUACAAACGUCAGUGUCAGAAAAACGCCUAUGCAUUCAAUAACGAGAAAACCGACUUGAUCCUUACUUAUGGACACGUUAUGGAGAAUGACACAAAAAGGUUAGGCGUACAGCAGAUACCCUGACCGUGCGGCCCCAACACCCAAAAUUUUCAAGAGGCUAGAAAAUUCGUUGCGCAAGAAAGUGGCCUGCUAACCUGAUGAAACGGAACCAGACUGCGACUAGCUUGGAAAAUGAACAAGUUAAUGAGAAUCCUCAUAUGGGAGUUAUGGGACAAAUUGCUAUUGCUAGACAAAUAAAUAAAUUUCAUCCUAACCGCUCUAACCAUCUACACCUGGACCAUUUUCUAGCUUCUUGAAAAUUUUGAGUGUUGGGGCCACACGGUCAGGGUAUCUUCGGGCAUACAACUGCGCUGCACGUCUAGCAUUUUUGCUAUAUUCUCCUUAAAUGAGGAUCAUGUCGGUUUUCACGUUAUUAUCGUAAGCAUGCAUAGGCAUUUUUCUUAUAAGCUAACUUUGAUACAAUUCAAUUUUGAAACAUUUUUUGUAAUCCAAGCUCAAGUGGAAUCGGUAUUAUGGGUUGCCUAUUUUAAAAACACAAAUGGGUCAUCUUAGCUGAAUAACCCUGUAUACAUAAUUGACUUAUAAAACAAAUUAUUUUCUUAUAAAUUAGUUUUAGUAGAAUAAACAGUUAUUUAAAUCAAACUAGCAAAUGUUAAAUUACUACUGAAAAUAAAGAUUAAUAUUUUGUAUAAAAGAUUUUAGUUCAAAUGUUUGCUGUUCACAUGAAAUUUUGAUCUUAAAAUAGACUGUGUCAGCCCAAGAGUCAAGUUUUGUAACUUCCAAUUUAUUAGCAUUAAACUCCCUAAAGGCCAGUUUCAUAAAGUGCAUUUAAAAUUUAAAGCGAGUUUUAACUCUGGCAGUGGAAGUAUGCAACCGUGUUAUGCCAAAAAUCCACACUUGAUUUUGUUGCCAAAAUACAUAGUUGGAAUAAAGUUAAAGAAGAGA